AUGUCAUCCCCGAAACAACAGCAACAACUUCAGCAACAGCGGGAAGUCGAAGCGCGCAUGCUGCACAUGCAAACAAUGAUCGCCCGACAACAGCAAGCAAGAAUCGCGCGAAACAACAGCCAUGUGCCAAUACCAGCAGAUAUAAACCUCGCCUCGGCAUUUGUACAAUCCUCUUACGCUGACCUCCCAAUCACCCACCCAACAGACAACGGCUCCAUCGGCAGCCCGCCCGCCUACCUCAUCACAUACGAGACCGCUUGCCGAACAGGCAAUCUGUCCUUAGUGCAAGCCUUUAUCUCAUCAGAGACCCGCUCCCCAGAAUUCCUGCAUCACGGCCUCAUCCUCGCCCUGGAAUCCGGCCACGCCGAGAUGGCCCACUAUCUGCUCUCAAGCGGCGCGCCCAUCGUCCGCCACACACCUGCCCGAAUCCUAUACGCGCCGGCGCAUCUCCAAAUAUUCCUCUUCGAGGUCCUGGCCCAUUACGGCUGGACCCCCAAUAUUCCAGGAAACUAUGGUGCCCUCCUUCUACCGAAGGUGGUGACCAAUCCUCCGCUGCUGCACUGGUUCCUCGCGCACGGCACAAACCCCAACCUCGGCGCUCAGCAGAACAGUAAGUUUGACGAGACCGAGCUGGAUUUGCAUUCAUGCGCUGCGCUCGAGGCGGCCGCAGCGCGUGGCGAGGUCGGUGCCGUGCGCAUGCUCCUCAAUGCCGGUGCGGAGAUUAAGUACGGCAGGCCGCUACACUAUGCGGCGGGCGCGGUGUCGCCCGGUGCAGCACCGGAGGGGGCCAUGAACAGGGAGUUUGAUGCGAGUCGGAUCCCGAUUAUGGCGCUGCUGGUGGAUCGGGGCGCGGAUGUUAAUCAGGGCGGUGAGUCUAGACUGGUAGCGCACCAUCCGAUUAUGUAUGCUGUUAUGGCGGGUGCGGUGGAGCGGGUGAGGUGGUUGCUUGAGCGGGGGGCGGAUCCGGAGGCUAGGGGCGCUUGGGAAGUGCGGCGGAUUAUGUGGCUGCUAUUGGGAGUGAGGAGAUGA